UGCGGCGUACUCAGUAAAGUUGUAGGUAGCCAAUGCUUAGCGGUGAAAAACAUUACCAAUAAUUCGAAAAGUUUCAAGCUGGUGAUUUUAUUUAUUCUUUUGAAAACAGUGCUUCCAUCGUAAUAGAAAUAUUUCGCGAACAACUUUAUCAUUUUCGAUGAAAAUUUGUAAAAAAUUAGUUGAAUUAUUCGUGAAGUAAUUUUCCGGCACGACGUUAGUAAGAUAUUUUAUGUAAAAUAGCAAUUGUGAUAAAUUGUAAAAUACCUCUUAUUCAGUCGUGUGGGAUAUGAUAAGUUUUUCACAUUUCUGAUGACAAUGGACAUGUAGAUUUUUAUAUGUUAUGAAUUGUGGUGAUGCUAAGCAGCUACAAAGACUACCCUUGUGAAACUUACGAGAACUUUCAAGUACACACGAACUGAAUGUGUAAAUAUUAGCGCAAUAAUUGUGAUAAAAUCGUUAAAAAUUCGUUACUGGGACGUCGACCCUGAGUGAAAGACUCUAGUUACCUACUCAUGAUUGUAGAGACGAACUUUUUCGUAACUAUGAUUUGUUGUUUUGUGACUAAGUAAAGUGUACGGAUCACAUUGAUAUGGAAAAUAAUCGAGAAUAGAUCAUAACGAGUGCUGCCUAGAGUUGUGAUACGCUCUGAGAUUGGAUAUUGUGUUAGGUUGAGAGGAUAAUUUUCGAAUGUUGACGCGCGUUUGAAUGAUUUGAAAAUUUUUUUAUUGUGCUUGUGAAUCUUGGAGAAUUAGUGUUCUAAAAUGGAGAAUGGAGUUUUGGAUGAGUCUGGCGGUGGUCACAACGCUAUGACAUCGAACGACGGUUUACACAAUGCCUCCUCUGCAUAUGCCACACAAUACUCGCUCAUGUCAAGUCCGGUGUACGAGGCAUGCGGUUCGCCCUCGAUGUAUGGCAGCAUCUACCAUUACGGGACAGGAGCGGGACGGAUUAGCCAAUUAGAAUUAGUCGCCAAUUCCAACCACGACGAGAUGGUUCCCGUGUCUCAGGUGUUGCCCGGCGUUCACGACGUGCCCUGGCCGUAUCCUCCGCAUCAUCCUCCGGACGGCAAGAAGCCUGCCAAGGAGCAGCGCAUCCGACGUCCCAUGAACGCUUUUAUGGUGUGGGCCAAAGUUGAACGCAAGAAGUUGGCUGACGAGAAUCCCGAUCUGCACAAUGCUGACCUCAGCAAAAUGCUAGGUAAGAAAUGGCGGAGCCUGACCCCUCAAGAUAGGCGUCCGUACGUGGAGGAGGCCGAAAGACUGAGAGUGGUGCACAUGCAAGAGCAUCCCAACUACAAAUACAGGCCUAGACGCCGGAAGCACAAUAAGCGCGUCGCCGGAGGUCCCAGUCCGCCAGGGGGUGCUUCCGGUAACCUCAGUCCAACGGGGAGGUCUUCAGGCAAGCAUCAAGGUUUCGGCGUAAGCUACAGUGGCUCCACGCAGUUCCCUAGCUACUACUCUCCCCCGAAACAGACCUAUUACUCGCCGGUGGGUCUCCAAACGCCGGAGUCUUCACCAACAGGCAGUCCCGAGCCCGAUCUUCAAGAAGACUCCCAAACCAGACUCCUGGACUCCUCUUCUGACAACCCUCUGCCCACGCCUGAGAUGUCCCCCAUGGAUCAAGAUAAGGAGCAUCUCGGCUACAACGAUCAUGCAUCCAACAGCAAGCAGCGAUCCAGUUGCUCCAGUUAUCACAGUCAGGCAACUGCUUAUCACCAGGAGGCGAGCAGCAGUAACAAUAACAGUUAUUAUGCGGCGAGGAGCAGUUACCGGCCGGCCAGUUAUCCUCCACAGGCCACAAGCGCUAUUGCGGCUAUGGGUGUCGCCAAAGGUAUGGUGAUGAUGUGUACCAACCAGCGACUUCUGGGUACUUAUGAACACUCUGGAAUCGUGACGGGGACAUUCUAUCCUCCCAUUGCAACCUCCCAGGACCAACAGGCAUUGGGCACAGCCAGCACUCCCACCCCAUCCUCUCACAUGUACUCCAGCCCAAGAGCUAUUUUCUACGCGCAAAAUUACUCCACUCAGCCGAUGUCAACCAGCUCCACCAGGAGUACAUCUACACCAGAGUACCAAUCGCAAGGACACACAGGCAUGGGAAGUCCAGGUCCAGCAUCAAACAGCCGUAUGACAUCGACUCCAUCUUACCUGCACAGUCCUCAUCAGCAUCAUCAGCAGCAGCAUCAGAGUCAGACACCAACUCAUCAGCAGAGUCCUGUUCAGCAGUCACAUCAGACACCACCGCAGAUGAUAUCCUACGACCCGGGAUCGGCGGGUGUGUUGUCAGAUACCUGUGAACUGAUAUCUAGCGGAUUGGGCCCUGAAACCAUUGGAAUAGAUUCUCUGGAAUUCGACAAGUACCUGAAGUAUUCGUCGGUGAUUGGUGGGUCAGGGAUUGGGGUUGGAUCCCAAUUGUCACAGCACCACCUGAUCGAGUCAGGGCCACCUAGUGGCAUGUUGCUGGAUAGCAACCACAACUACCACCAUCAUCAUCACAAUGUGGUGCAUCAGAACCAUCAGCAGCAACAUCAGGUCUCUGCUCACCUACCAUCGGCAUCCUACCACUCACCACACUACACAACACACUACAGCGCAUCACCCACUAUUCCAACCUACAGCACUCAGGGCCUGCUUGAUCUGACACCUAACCUUGAAGAACAACACCAACAACAACAGCAACAACAACAACAGCAACAGCAGCAACAACAGUAUGCUGCCAUUCAUGGCUCCCAUAUGCAGCCACUUGUUGCCUCUGGAAACGGACAAGCUCAAAUGAAGUCUGAUGAGGAUUUCAGUGUGAUUCUCGCAGACGUGAGGAAAACUUGUUACAGUAGUUGAGAAAGGAAAAGUGGCAAUUGGGUGAUGGUGUUACUUGUGCAUUCUUUGUCAGAUCCUUGACAUUUUUGAUUGGAUCUUUACAUUUUUUGUCACUUUAUGUACAUUUUCGGUCAGAUUCUAGAAAUUUUUGGUCAGAUUCUGUGUAUUGUCUUAGAGGAAUAAUAUUGUUUCUCUAUACAACACAUAAUAUAAUCUUUCGAUCAGACAAUAAUAAUUAUUGACUAAUCUGAACAGAUUCUAGACCUUCUAGGACAGAUUCUGAACAUUCAUGUUAAUGUUGGGUUUAUUUGUAGACAAUAUUUCGUAAGUGAGAAUUAAGACCUGAAACUCCAAUCAAUUUUUAGAGUUUGAAACAAUUUAUUUUGGAUUUGUAUAGAGAAAUUAUCAUGCUUGAUAAGGUUACUGAGAGCAGCCUAAGCUCAACCAAUUAUAUUAUUACUUGUUACCUAAAGAGGUAACAGUGGUGAUAAACUCAUUUUUAUGAAAAGUGGUGGAGAAUGUGAUAUAGUUGUCAACUUUUUUACAUUGUAACCAUUCAAAUUAUAUAAUCUGUAUAAAGUUGUUACUUCGACUGAUAUAUUUUAAUGUGUUAUGCAUUAUUAUUUUGAGGUUGAUGUGUCACAAGAUUGGUGUGAUAGGGAUUGAUUUUAUAGACAAUCUGUUUUGGUUGAGAAACGAAGAUUCAUCCAAUAGCGUUAUACAAAUCGAUGAUAUGUAUUGUAUAGAUUCUCAAUAUUUUUCAUUGUUGAAGUUGAAAUAACUUGUAAAAUUAUCUGAUCAAGAGUUAAUUUUAUUGCCAAAACAUAACCAUAAUCAUAGAAACAAUAAUUCUGGUCUUUGCUACUUUACAUGAAAUAAUAAUAAUUCUGUCAAAGUAUUAAAUUAACAAGGAAAAUAUUAGUGAAGACUGAUCAGUACUAUAAUAAUAUUUCAAGCUAUUUAUUCUACCCGGUUAAUCAGUUGAGUAUUUCUUAGUAGUGUAUGAUUUCUAUUAAAUGGAUCAUAAGAAAUGAUCUCUCAACAAUUAUUAUUUUUGUAUAUAUUUUUAUAAUUUUCCUAAAAUAUUUAUAUAUAUGAUAUUGUUUAACUGAAUGUUUAUAGACUUUCAUCGAGUUACUAGGAUUCAACAAUAUUCAUCAAAUUCUGUUGAAAAUAUUGAGUUGACAGAGCUCUUUGAGAUCAUUUUUAAGGAUACAAGAGCAGAGCGUAUGAUGCAACAGUAUUAAGAACACAAAUAUUCUCGGUAGAAGCACUCAAUAAAAAAUUAAUCAAUAUACCUUCUUAUCUGAGCUGUUAAAAACUUGAAUAACAACUACUGUCAAUGUUCAAAGAAAUAUUUUUGGGUGUUGAAGAUGCGGGUUGAGUGUAUCCUUUAAUGUUACAUUGAUCAAAAUUUCUAAAAUAAUAGUUGAAUGCGUCCUUCAACGUAAAAUAGUAUCUAUCUUACAUUGCCUCAACAUUCACCUUCUAUUCUAUGUACCGUAUCUCAUCAAUAAUAAAUUACAAACACAAUCAAUCAAUUUAUUAGGAGACUCGAUUAUGACUGUAGAUUAAUUAAUAUUUUGCCCUUUAGUGUCAUUGCAUCGAAUGAUACCUAAAAAAUCAAAGAAUCUCUUAGUUAUCUAUGUUUUUUAUGGUUGUGAUUUUUGUAUUAUUAUCAUCAUUAUUCCUAAGACUUUCAUUGUUCGCGAUAACAACAAUAUUAUAUGUGAAUAUUCAAAAUCUAUGUACUCGGAACUAGAUGUUAGUUUUGUUUUGUAAUUUCGGUUGGUUAUGGCCACCAAGUUCUUCAUUUUUGGAGAUUUUCUGGACAAGACACAUUCGCUUACAACCGUUAUUUGAAUAUUUCUAUGUAAGCCCAACUCACUUGUAACAAUUUGCCAAAGAUCCACUCCCAACACUACAUUAUAAUGUAAGAUGAAAGGAUAAAAGUAAUAUUAUCUUGAAGUGGAUAAUGGAAUGACUGCUCAGGUGACAAAUGUAAAGUCUUCAUUGAUUUAUGUGGUUCAUUGGGAAGUGAAUAUUUUGUAUUUUGCAUAAAAGAUUUCUUGCCAAUAUAGAGCUGUUACAAUGGUUGACAAUUUUAUGGAAGAUGACUUAAAACGGCCUGUACGCUGGUAAGUAUAGAUUAAUUAUUAUUGAAAACUUCUUGAUAGAACAAAUGGUGGGAAAUUCAUGAUCUGGUCAUCAUAUAUUCAGUUGAUCAAAGAUCAACUUUUGUAUCUGAAUACUUAGAUGUUAAAGUAUUCGAACCAGAUUAUUUUCAUUUAAAUUGAUUUAUUUCUAUUAUCAUAAUUAUCGUUAUACUUGUUGUAAUUAUCAUUAGAAAAUUAAAUCCUUUAGAUCGGUUUUUGAAGAAAGCUGCUAAUUCUCUCCUAUAGAGUCUAUUACUUUUAGCAGUCUCGCCAUUUUGAACAGGUAUGACCCUGAUGUUAAACAAAUCCUGUCUCAAAUUAUCAUUCAUUAAAUUCAAAUAUUGGAAGAAAUAAUAAGUGUAAUGAUAAUCUGUUCUGGACCAAUUGAAUUGUUCUAUAGCAAUGCGAACAUUUCCAAAUUUUAAUCUAUCAAAUUUAGUACGAUUGGACUAAAACACAGGACGUUUAUUGUAACUUUGGUUAAUCAUAUCAAUUCUAUGUACAGAUAGAAUGAUGACAGAAUGACUCAUUGACAAGAAACAAAUUGAUGAAUAUAAUAGUAAAAUUAUUAUAUAUUUAUGUUAUUUUAUAAAUAUUUUUGUGAAUAUGAACGGAUUUGUAUAUGUUUAAGUAGAUAGAAAUAAAUAAGAACAAAUAUUUGGAACAUAUAGAAA